AUGUCCUCAUCGUCAGACAGUGGACACCUCGACAAUCAUUAUGACAGCGACGACGGCAUGCACGUCGACUCUCCCGACGAGACAAAGCACCAACACGACCUACUAGAUGCUGACGGCGAGUCCGUCGACGAGGACGCCUAUUCAUCCAACAACCUCGCCGGCCACCACUCUGUGCCAACAGCGAGCGGGUCUCAUUCACUGCACGCUCAUUCUGACGACGACGACUCUGGCUAUGAAGACCGCGGCGAUGAUCAUGACGACGACGAUGACGACGGCACGUACGCCGACGAGGAGUACUCCACCAAGAAGCGGCCGGUCAAGAAGAAGAAACGCACAGCUGCGGCCGCAAGCACCAUCAGACCCAGAGCGCUUGUCCGCAGAGACUCGACAUCAGAUUCCGACUCAGACUAUGGUUCCCGCUCUCACAAGAAGAAGAAGCGGGCCCGUUCAUCGACUGACGAAGUCCGCGUUUCCAGCAGAGGCGGCAAGAUCCCGAACUACGUUGACGAUAUCCAAGACUUUGAGAAGUUCGAAGAAGAGGAGACUAUCCCCGGGUAUUAUGUUGACCCCAGUCUCCAGUAUGUCGAAGAGGACGAGAUCGAACAGGUUCUGGCGCACUGCAGAGAUGAAGGCCGCGAAGACGACCCCGAGGAUUUGUGGUUCGAGAAUGUGCGAUUCCAUAUCAAAUGGAAAGGCUUUUCCCACCUUCAUAACACCGACGAAACCUACGAGUUUUUGAAGCGAUUCAAGGGUCUGAAACGCGUCGAUAACUACAUCAAGGCGUACAAGUUAUGGAAAUCCAGGGUCGAGUCUCCGGACUUGUCAAGCGAGGAGAAGGAAUCCUUGCUGUUGGAGAAGGAGCGCGAGAAGGAGGAGUUGGAGAUGUAUCGGAUCGUUGAGCGGGUGGUUUUGCACAGAGAUAUCGGUGCAGACAUCGAGUACUUCUGCAAAUGGACUGGGUUGGGCUACGAGCACUGCACAUGGGAAGCCCAGAAGGACAUCAACCCCAUCGCCAGAGACCAAAUUGCCGCCUACAGGCAACGGGAAGCGGAAGCGAAAUUCCCUUACAGGAGCACCUACUAUCCCAGGAACAACCGGCCUCGCUUCAAGAAGAUCGAAACGGACCCUGAAUACAUCCGAGAAACAGGUGGUCAGCUCAAGGACUUCCAGCUGACCGGUUUGAACUGGCUCGCCUACAUUUGGAGCAAAGGCGACAAUGGUAUUCUUGCGGACGAGAUGGGUUUGGGCAAGACCGUCCAAACAGUCUCUUUUCUGUCAUACUUGUUCCAUGAGAUGAAUCAAUACGGGCCUUUCCUCGUCAUUGUCCCUCUAUCGACAAUCACAGCAUGGCAAUCGCAGUUUGCCACCUGGGCACCUGACAUGAACGUGGUUACCUACAUUGGAAAUGCCCCUGCCCGUGACGUGAUUCGCAGAUACGAGUUCGGCACACCUCCCAAGAAAGUCAAGAUGAACGUCUUGUUGACCACCUAUGAAUUGAUCUUGAGAGACGCGAAGGAGCUCUGUGAAAUCAAGUGGCAAGCCCUUGCAGUUGACGAGGCUCACCGUCUGAAAAAUUCCGAGAGUCAGCUGUAUGAAGCUCUUCGGUCUUUUUCUGCUGCUUCGAAGCUCCUCAUUACCGGAACCCCGUUGCAGAACAAUGUCAGAGAGCUAAUGUCGUUGAUGCAUUUCUUGAUGCCCGAUAAAUUCGCCCUCACCAACGAGUUCGACCUGAACGAUGCAGACCAUGACAAGAUCAAGGAACUUCAUCAGCAGCUUGAAUCGUACAUGUUGCGACGGCUCAAGCGGGACGUCCUUACCUCAUUGCCGACCAAGAGCGAGCGUAUCCUUCGGGUGGAAAUGUCGGCCUUGCAAACGCACUUCUACAAGAACAUUUUGACCAAGAACUUUGCCGGUCUUGUCAAGAGCGCCAAUGGAAACCAGAACAUCAGCUUGCUUAACAUCGCAAUGGAGUUGAAGAAGGCGGCCAAUCACCCGUACCUUUUCGACGGUGCCGAAGUAAGAACCGAUAACAACGAAGAAACUCUCAAGGGUCUGGUCAUGUCAAGCGGCAAGAUGGUCCUUCUCGACAAGCUCCUCGCCCGUCUCCGCCAGGACGGCCACCGCGUUCUCAUCUUCAGUCAGAUGGUCAGGAUGCUUGACAUUCUCAGCGACUACAUGACGUUGCGAGGGUAUCAGCAUCAGCGGCUUGACGGCAUGGUUGGCUCCGACCUGCGAAAGAAGGCUAUUGCCCACUUCAAUGCGGAGAACUCUCCUGAUUUCGCCUUUUUGCUAUCAACGCGUGCGGGUGGGCUGGGUAUCAAUCUCGAAACCGCUGACACUGUUAUCAUCUUUGAUAGCGAUUGGAACCCGCAGAACGAUCUCCAGGCGAUGGCGCGGGCCCAUCGUAUCGGUCAGAAGUCACACGUUAGUGUGUACCGUUUCGUCAGCAAGGACACGAUGGAGGAGGACGUUCUUGAGAGGGCCAAGAGGAAGAUGGUUCUCGAGUAUGCGAUCAUCAACCAGAUGGAUACGACGCAAGCGCACUUGAGUUCCAAAGGUCCGAAGGAUACUUCGAAACCGGAGGGCUUGAGCAGGGACGAGCUUACUGCCGUUCUCAAGUACGGUGCGCAGAAGAUGUUCGACAAGAACGACAACGAGCAGAGCCAGAAGCUCGCCGAGAUGGACCUCGACGACAUCCUCAGACAUGCCGAAGACCACGAGACCCAGACCGGGGUCGAUGGCGGUGCUUCGCUUGGUGGCGAAGGAUUCCUGUCAACGUUCGCCGCUGUCAGCGAUGUCAAGAACGAUAUGAGCUGGGAGGACAUUAUUCCUCUUGAGGAGCGCACUAGGUUCGAGCAGGAGGAGGAAGAAGAGCGCAGGAGAGCAGAAGACCUUGCUGCUCAUGAGUCCCGUGAACGGAAGCGCAGUCAUGCACCGGUGUCAUAUGAAGGGAUGGAUGUUGACCAGCCACCCCAGCCUCCAGCACCGAAGAAGCCUAAAGCUACGGUCCAACGCAAGUCGGCGAGCCAGAAGGCUAUGGAACUCAAGGAGCGUGACGUUCGUGUCCUUAUCCGAAGUUUGCAACGAUGGGGCGAUAUCCGCCAGAGAUACGAUGUCAUUGUUAACGAGGCCAAGCUACAAGACAAGAACAAGGGCAUGAUUCUCGAUGUUGCCGACGACAUUAUCGAGAUUUGCUCUCAAGCCAUCAAGGAUGAUCAAGAACAGAAGCGCAGGAAGCUCGCAGCCGGCGAAACGCUCAGCAACGCUCAGAAGAGUAAAGCGGUUCUAGUCACCUGUCGCGGGGUCGGUAACAUCAACGCGGAGACCGUCCUUUCUCGUCAUCACGAUCUCAGCAUCCUUUACAAUAUUCUUUCCGAGCUAGAUGACCCCUACACUUGGUCGAUACCCAUCGACAACAUCCGCCCGACGCUAAACUGGUCCGGUCGAUGGGGCCCUCAAGACGAUUCGAUGUUGCUUGUUGGCGCUUACCUGUACGGCUUCGGCAACUGGGAAGCGAUGCAGAAAGACCCCAAGCUUGGUCUCGAAGGCAAAUUCUUCCUCGAGGAAGGCAAGAAAGGCGAAGACUCUUCAAGUCGACCUAUACCAAACGCCAUUCACCUUGUUCGACGAGGCGAUUUCCUGUUGGGCAUAUUGCGGGAACAUGUCGAGAAAUUACGUUCGUAUGAGAGUUCGUUGAGGGAUAAAGGGCUCAAAGUUUCAACCUCUCCUCCUCCGAUAGCUGUAGCAUCGACUUCUUCCUAUUCGAGUUCCUUGAAGAGGAGGGCUGAGAGUGAGGCUAUGGCUACCAUUGACGAUGGCUCCUCGAGGAAGCGCAAACGAAGACCGACGCCGACGUUCACCGACUCCUCUUCAUCUGAUGAAUGUCCGUCAAUGGAUGAAGCUGCAACCAAGGAAGAGCUCCGACCCGUCAAGAGGCAGCUCAAACAACUCAAACUUUCGGGUGAAGACAUGCCUCGAGAUGACAAGGUGGCCAUCCUCAAAGACUCUCUUGCCGCAAUCGGUCGACGCAUCGAGAUCGUCCUCGCGCAGAAGAGCGCUGCUGGCGAAGACCGUGAACGGUGGCGUCGUCAUCUGUGGACGUUCGUCACGCUCUUCUGGCCGAAGAAGGUGAAGGCAUCCAAGCUCGAAGAGAUCCACGCCAAGAUGGUCAUGAAGGAGUCUGGCCCUCGCAACGUCGCCCAUGCAUCUUCAAGUGACCCUAACAAAAAGUCACGCCCAAUCGCUAGCGGCAGCGGUAGCAAGGCGAACGGUUCCUCCUCGAUGAGCAGCAUGAACGCCAUCCGGUCAAAUGGAAAAUACCGGUGAAACCAAUAGACUCUUUUUUCCUCGUUUCUUUCACUUGACAUUUUCCUCUCACUCUUCUCGUUUCCAUUCUCGUCUCCUCCUUGGUUACCUCGUCCGACUUUUUAUUCAUUUCGUAUUCGUUAGUUUAUUGGUCUCUUCAAGUUCUUUCACUUUCCCUCCUCUCCUAUGUCGGUAUCUCCGCCCCUUGUAUCCCAUAUACGCGCUGUCGCAACCCACAUCAUUGUAUCACAACCCUCUCAAAGUACUUGUAAAUAUCGUAAUGAGAAUGAAGCAAUUCCCGCCUGGAAACAAGUG